AUGUUUGGAAGAGAAACAAGAAUCCCAGUUGACCUAAUGACACCUGAGUCCCCUCAAGCAGAAGUACAACUGACUACAUCAGAGUAUGCGGAAAAAUUGAGGAAACGUUUUGAAAGAACAUACGAGUUGACCAGAGUAAAUACAAAGAAAUCUAGCGAGCGAUAUAAAGACUACUAUGACGCGAAGGCGAAAGAUACGACGUACAACGUCGGGGAAAAGUAUGGUUGUAUGUACCAUUUGUCAAAAAGGGAAAGAAUUUGAAGCUAUCACGGCCGUGGCGGGGACCAUAUACGAUUGUGAAGAAAAUUUCAGAUGUGGUGUAUCGAAUCGAGAAAAAUGCCAACAAAAGGAAUAGGUUAGUAGUCCAUUACAAUCGUCUUAAACCGUGUUUUGAACGACCGUUGAAAAGUCUACCUAAUCGACCACCAAACGAGACGAAACUGCAAUCGAAAGAAACCCCCGAAACGAGAAAAGAAAACGUGGAGAAUUGUAGUGGCCAAACCCCGCAAACGGAACCACCAACCAACGGAGGAAAUGAUGAAGAUGAGUGGACAGUGAGGUAUUUUAGAAGAAAUUUGAGACAAAGUAGACCAAGUCGGGCAAUUAACGGGGAGGAACACGGACAAAUUUACCUGAUGAGGUCCAAGAAGACGUACAACAUUUACCUGACGAAUUACAACAGGAUGGGCCAUUGAGUUCAAUGGAACAGAAUAAUCAGAGAGACGGUAGCGACGAGACAUUGCGAGAACCAGUAGAAGGAAACGAGGGACAGUCACAAGCCCCACCGGAAAGGCCAGCGCGAACGAGAAAAAAACCAGCGUGGUUACGGGACUAUGAAUAG